AUGUACCUGAGUAAUAGUGUUGUCGUGAAUACGAGUUCGGGUGGAGUGAGGGGACAGACACUGAAUGUUGUGAAUCACUUCAUCAAUCAAUUCUUGAAUAUACCUUAUGCUGAGCCCCCGGUGGGCCCACUCAGGUUCAGUCCACCACAACCACUCCAGACACCCAAAAAGGAUGUAAUUGAUGGCACAGUGGAGGGUAACUCAUGCAUACAAAUACAAAGUCCAUUGUUUGUACAAUUGAUGGGUAAACUGACCACAAGUGAGGAUUGUUUAGUACUAAACAUAUGGACACCUAAUGUGGACAAAAGUGCAUCAAAAUCACAGCUAAAACCUGUUAUGUAUUGGAUAUACGGCGGGGCACUUACUGUUGGAUCAGUAUUUCAAAAGUUUUAUAACGGGAGUGUUUUGGCCACCAAUGAUGUGGUCAUUGUUUCCGUUAACUAUAGAAUCGGACAGUUAGGCUUUUUAUAUGGUGGCGAUCAGACAGCACCCGGUAAUCUGGGAUUUUAUGACCAACUGUUAGGACUGAAAUGGGUUCGAGAUAAUAUUCAUCAAUUCGGUGGAGACAAGGAUCAGAUUACUGAUAAACCACUCUCGCGGCCAUCAACCAGGUGUAGCCGUGUGGAUGAGAGUGGGGAUAGAUUUCCAGAGAAAUUCUCCCGAUAUCAGGUCUCGCCCCGACUUUACAAAGUAUUCCUAUCUGGUCAAAAGGGAACUGUAGAGGCGUUGAGUAAAGCCAAAGAAACGGCCCGUAAAUUGGGUUGUGAUCCGUAUGACCACAAAUGGUUGGACUGUUUGCGAGCCAUUGAAAACCCGGACCUAUUUCUUGAACCGACUGAGGCUGAAGUUGGUUUUGGUGUCACGUGGCCUGUGUUUGGCACUGAAUUCCUACCCGUUUUACCACAAAAGGCUUUUAAAACUAAUAAAUAUAAUUCCGAUGUGGAUGUGAUGGCCGGUGCGACCAAAGACGAGGGUCAUGUGCUAGCCGUCAAACUCCAGAGAGAGAUCUACCAUAACAUAGACGUCCAGAAAAUAUCCGAUUAUUACCUCCAGAAUAGAGACCCCGAAAAUCCUAAUGAGAAUGUCGUUCGAAAGCUAGUUGAAAUACCACUAUACAACUAUCACACGGGGUGGAUACCCAAA